AUAUUCCCCACCAUGGGUGACAUGAAAACCCCCGAUUUCGAUGACCUGCUGGCAGCUUUCGACAUUCCCGACAUCGACACCAACGAGGCCAUCCACUCUGGCCAUGAGGAGGCUGAUGCUCACAUCAAGCAAGUCCCUGGGGAGCCAGGACCCCCCGACCACGUCCUGCCCCACACGGACAUCACAGCUGUCAGUGUCAUCGUGAAGAACACGGUGUGUCCCGAGCAGCUCGAUGCCCUGGACGGACGCAGCAAAGAUGGGCACGUCCUGGGGCCCCGCUUGCUGCAGAACGGCUUUGGGGCCCCCGAGGUGCCCAGGUCCCCCACUUCCAGGUCCGUGGAAGCCGUGGCCUCCUCCAACGGGGAGUGUUGGGUGAAGGAAAAAGGUCCCAAACCUCUGGAUAUCUUCUCCCAUUUUGGCCCUGAUCCCAAUGAGGACAACCCUGCCAACCUGAUCGACAGGCCCCGGGAGUGCAAGCCGAAGGAGAAGCCCCUCGCUGUGCCCUCCCUCUCCCCAUCUCCCACCCCAUCCCUGGACUGCAAGGAGCCCCUGGGGGAGGGCACGGAGACCCUGGCCCCGGCCUUCCCACAGCCCUUUGAGACCAGCCAGCCCGGGGGUGCUCACGGGUCCCCCCAAACCAUCGCCUGCAUCAAAAAGGAGGAGUCUGACUCAGAGGAGGUGUGCCGGGAAGCCAGCCCCAAGGCUUUGGCUGCAGCCUUGGCCAACAGCCCCCUGGAUCACCUGAAGUCGGUCACGGUGCGUUACCCCACCGAGGAUUCUCCCAUCACCUCCUGGCCCAGCUCAGACCCAAACCUGGACAGCAGCACCAGCCACCUCCCCGAGGUGAAGCACUCGCCCGCCAGCCCCCGGGAGCCCUUCUUCAAGCCUUCCUCACCAGUGGUACAAAGCCCCAGGACCCCCACUUCCCCAAAGCAGCUGGACAGCAUCAGCCCCAAGGAGGAGCAAGAAAUCCUGGAGAAGUCGAUGGGAAGUCCACAGAGCAUGUCCAGCGCUGAGGAUGAGGAUGAGGAGGAAGACAACAACAACGACUCCCCUUCUUCCAACUCCUCACGGCCCCUGAAAGUGAGGAUUAAAACCAUCAAAACAUCUUGUGGCAGCAUCACCCGGACAGUGACCAGGGUCUCCUCGGACUCGGAGCCGGGCUCCACCAAGGGCCCAGCCGAGCAGAGCUCCCAGGAAACCUCUCUUGAGGGUUCCAGCUUCUCCACGUCGGCAGAGAAGGAGGAAGGGAUGGUGCUGGAGUUGCCCAAGGAGAAAAUGGAGCUUUCCAGCCCCUUGAAAACCAUCGAGGGGCCCAAAAUUGUCAGUGUUCAACUUGGCAAUGGCACCAAGCUCAAAGGGACCGUCCUGCCCGUCUCCACCAUCCAGAACGCCAGCAGCGCCAUGCUGAUCGCGGCCAGCGUGGCCCAGCAGAAGUCCGUGGUGCUGCCCACAAAGACAGGGAAAGCCGUGGCCAAGAACAUCAUCAACCUGGUGCCACAGACCCUGCCCAAGGCUGACACCAGGACCAACGUCAGCACCGUGACGCAGACCAGCACCAUCACCACCACGGCCAACCAGAAGGUCAACGGCACCACGGUGGUGAUGGUGCAGCCACAGAAACCUUCCCCAACCGUGGCGGGCACGGUGAUUUCCCGCAGCCAGUCCAGCCUCGUGGAAGCCUUUAACAAGAUCCUCAACAGCAAGAACCUCCUGGCCACCUACAAACCCAACCUGAACCCCCCAGCUGAUGCCAGCCUGGCCCUGCCACCCUUCGGCUACCGCUGCCUGGAGUGUGGAGACUCCUUUGCCCUGGAGAAGAGCCUGGCUCGGCACUACGACCGGCGCAGCAUGCGCAUCGAGGUGACCUGCAACCACUGCACCAAGCGCCUGGUCUUCUUCAACAAGUGCAGUUUGCUCCUGCACGCCCGGGAGCACAAGGACAAAGGGCUGGUGAUGCAAUGUUCCCAUCUGGUCAUGAGGCCCAUCGCUCUGGAUCAAAUGAUCGGGCAGCCAGACAUCACCCCCCUGGUCUCUGUCACCUCCUUCCCCGCUGGCAAAGUGACCAGCGUGGCUCAGGAUGCCUUGACCACGGCCAACGGGGCACAGGACCUGCCCAUCCUGCCCCUGAGCAACAGCUCCGAGCAGAGCAACUACAGCUGCUUCAGGUGCCUGGAGUGCAAGGAGCAGUGCAAGGACAAGGCCGGGCUGGCCGCGCAUUUCCAGCAGGCGGUGACCACGGGGACCACCAGCAGCACGGUCUGCACAACGUGUCCCAUGAUCAUGUCCAACCGCUGCAGCUUCAAUGCCCACCAGAGGAUGCACAAGAACCCCCCCCCCCAUGUCUGCCCCGAGUGUGGGGGGAAUUUCCUGCUGGCCAACUUCGAGGCCCACCUGAAGGAAUCCUGCCUGCACUUCUCCCGCCGCGUGGGCUACAGGUGUCCCAGCUGCGCCGUGGUCUUUGGUGGGGUCAACUCCAUCAAGUCACACAUCCAGACCUCCCACUGCGAGGUGUUCCACAAGUGCCCCAUCUGCCCCAUGGCGUUCAAGUCAGCGCCCAGUGCCCACGCGCACGUCUACACACAGCACCCUGGCUUCAGCAACCAGCAGUCCAAGAUGAUUUACAAGUGUGCGAUGUGUGACACGGUCUUCACCCACAAGCCCCUGCUCUCCUCCCACUUCGACCAGCACCUGCUCAACCAGCGGGUCAGCGUCUUUAAGUGCCCUGACUGCCCACUGCUCUUCGCCCAGAAGCGCACGAUGCUGGAGCACCUCAAGAACACUCACCAGCCCCAGAAGCCCAAGGAAGACCUGGCCAAGAAGGCGUCUGUCCUGCUGACACCGAAGCAGGAGCCUGUGGAAACCCCCGUGUCCAAGAUCUCAGAGGAGUCGUCGUCCUCCACGGAGGAGGACGAGCCCCCCAGCUCCCCCGAGCUGCGCAAGACCAAGCGGAGCCGCUUCCAGCGCAAGACGGUGAACAAGUCCAAGGGCGCGCAAGGGCCGGCCUGGCCCUGCUGCUUCUGCCACUCCUGGUUCCCGGAGCGCGACGAAUACGUCUCCCACAUGAAGAAGGACCACGGGAAGUCGGUGAAGAAGUUCCCGUGCCACCUGUGUGAGCGCUCCUUCUGCUCCGCCCCCAGCCUGCGCCGCCACGUGCGCGUCAACCACGAGGGCAUCAAGCGCGUCUAUCCCUGCCGGUACUGCACCGAGGGGAAACGGACCUUCAGCAGCCGCCUCAUCCUGGAGAAGCACAUCCAGGUGCGACACGGGAUCAAGGUGACAGACCAGGCGAAGAGCCAGGAGGUGGUUAUUGCCCGGAUAGGGACCGGACCCACGCAGGUUUCUGGGAGGAAGCGGAAACUUUCCUCAGACGAGGGCGACUCGUGCAGCGAGGAGCCUGACAGCACCACCCCCCCCUCCAAGACCCCCAAGGGCGACCGCAGGGCCCCUUUCCGCUGCCGCAAGUGCGGGUACUUGGCCAGCAGCGCCGCCGACUUCCAGGAGCACAUUCCCCAGCACCGGACUGACGAGAGCUCCCACCAGUGCCGCGAGUGCGGCCUCUGCUUCACCUCCCAGGUCUCCCUCAACCGCCACCGCUUCAUUACCCACAAGAAGAAGAAGGGGGCAGGGGAGCUGGAGGAGCCGGGGCCGCGCAGCCCCCGGGAGGGCGGCGCUCAGCACCCGCCCGACGGGAAACUGAGCUGCAAGGUGUGCGGCCGCGGCUUCGACAGCCAGCUCAACCUCAAGACACAUUUCCGCACCCACGGCAUGGCCUUCAUCCGCGCCCGCCAGAACGCCAGCCCCGACAACUAG